AUGAAUUCCAUAAGAGUUUUAAGAGGGAUUGUUAACAAUGUGAAAUGUUUAGGUGAUCUAGCACCUCGACGCCAGUCUAUCAUACUUAAUGAUGUGGCACUACGAGACGCCGAUACGGAUCCAAUACAUGAACAACGUGUGAUAUCUUUAUCAGCAGCCUAUACAGAUAUUCUGAAUAGCAUUGACAUUGAUAUUUAUUCACUUUGCGAACAUCAUCUGGUACCCUUUUUUGGUAAAGUAUCAGUUGGCUAUCUACCGAAAGAUCGAGUCAUUGGAUUGAGUAAAGUUGCGAGAAUCGUCGAGAUCUUUAGUCGUCGUCUUCAAGUGCAAGAACGAUUGACGCGACAAAUCGCAGAAGCUAUCGACGAAGCUAUUCAACCACGAGGUGUUGCUGUUAUUGUCGAGUGUGUACAUAUGUGCAUGGUCAUGCGUGGAGCAGAAAAAGUCAAUACACGCACAACAACAUCAGCUAUGAUUGGCAUCUUCCUCACGGAUGCCAAGGCACGCGAAGAAUUUUUGAUGCUUGGUCACACUCGUUCCCUAUGA